AUGGCACCCACAUCUAUGGAUGCAACUGGUGGAGACAUCAAGAAUGAUGUUUACACUGCGUACGAGGACUUGGGAUCGACUGCUGCCAACUCUAGAGUCCAUUCGACACUCUCAUUAUCGACAACUAUGGAUUCUACUCGCAGAAAUUCAGAAGAUGAUGAUGCUUCAUACCGACAAUCUCAGGAUGUCACCGAUUUGUAUACGGUCCCUACCACCAGGACUCGUGGCAACUCUCAUAUGGGUGAGGCGCUCGAGAACCUAUCCCGUACUAUGUCUAGUAUGCCCGAGCAGCAUUCGGGGCAUCAGGAUCUCAGAAAUGUGCAGUCUCGGCGAAGCGAGAAGAGUACUCGUUAUUCGAUCAAGCAUAUGCCCGGGCUUGCGGAAGAAGCGGGAUCACCCACACUAGCAAAGCAGCAAGGUGUCCCUCCUGAACUAGGUAGUCUUACUGCUGAAAUGAUCUUUAUUCUGGUGUGCUCUGCUGGAUUGAUGUUCUUUGCUUUCUUACUGGGCGAUAUCACUGUGAACCAAGAAAAGCUUAAAAUAGCGCUGGGAAUCAGCAAUAGUCAGCUGCCAUGGUUACUCGGUGCAUAUACACUUCCAUUGAGUUUGUCAGUCGUUAUAUCAGGUUCACUGAGCGAUCUUACACCACCGCGGAUGAUUAUGGUUGGCGCAUUUGCCUGGUUGACUGUCUGGAAUAUCGUGGGGGUGUUCACGAUCAGUCCGGAAAGAGUCAUUUUGUUCUAUAUUGUGCGAGCUAUGCAAGGUCUCGCUAUUGGAGUUCUGGUCUCUGCCUCGAUGAGUAUCCUUGGCCGAAUCUAUAAGCCUGGUCUGCGGAAGAACAAAGUUUUUUCAGCUAUGUCUGCUACCUCGCCCUUUGGAUUUUGGCUUGGUGGUAUCCAGGGCGGAGCUUUUCAGUCCUGUCUUUAUUGGAUUUUCGGUUCCAAUGCAAUCAUAUCUGGAAUGUGUCUAGUUGCUGCCUUCAUGGUGAUUCCUCCACUGAAACCCAUGGCAGAUAUCGUGGGAACAGAGGCACCGACGAUCCGCGACUUUGAUUUCAUUGGAGCAAGCUUUGCCGUUACUGGCUGUGUGUGUCUUCUUUUCGGUCUCACCCAGGGAUCUGUCGUGAAUUGGUCCCCAUACACAUAUGCGCUGGUCAUUGUCGGUAUUCUACUAUUGAUUAGCUUCUUUUUUGUUGAACGAUGGGUGGCACGUCCUCUCAUUCCUACUCGUCUCUGGGAGACGGAAGGUUUCACACCCCUGAUGAUUGCUUAUUUCCUCGGAUAUGGCGCCUUCUCCGGCUGCUGGCAAUUCUUUGCUGUGCAGUUUAUGCUUCGCGUUCAACAAAACAGUCCCCUGACGGUGGCACUUUACCUUCUUCCCAAUGCUAUCGUGGGUGUCUUAGCAACAUGGGUAGUGAGCAAGACCUUGCACAUUGUACCAGGUCACUACAUUUACUUUACUGCCAUGCUUGCAUUUGCACUGGGCCCCGCCUUCUUCCUACCCCAGACAUCGGGAACAACGUACUGGGCCUUGUCUUUUCCCGGAAUCGCCCUAGUUACCUUUGGCCCUGAUCUCUCCUUUGCGGCGGCUUCUAUAUACAUCACGAGUAAUGUUCGUCGAUCCUACCAAGGCAGCGCUGGUAGUCUGCUUGUGACUAUGCAGAACCUGAGUAGUGCAGUUAUGACAGCUGUCGGGGAUGCCAUAGGGAACAAGGUUGGUGAAUCCAAUGGAAAUAUUGAUUUGGAUGGACUCCGGGCUAUUUGGUGGUUUGCUUUGGCUGCUGAAGUGGUUGCAGCUCUCAUCACAUUGAUUUGGGUGAGAAUCCCCAAGGAGGAUGAAAAGGAGGAGCACGUUAUCUAA